AUGUCGAGAAUUGAUGUAAUCGAGUUCUACUCUGGUAUCGGAGGGAUGCACUAUGCCUUGAAAGAGGCCUGCCCCAAUUCUCAUGUGGUUGCUGCAUAUGAUAUAAAUACGACUGCUAACCUAAUAUAUGCCUACAACUUUCCAAAUACGCCUAUUUGUCAAAAUAACAUACAGGCAGUUUCAGUAGAGCACCUCGAAAGAUUGAAUGCGUACUUAUGGACAAUGAGCCCGCCUUGUCAACCAUUCACAAAGAAAGGCUCUCAGCUGGGGAUUGAUGAUCAUCGAUGUGACUCCUUCAUGGCACUGUUAGAAAAGUUGAAACAGAUGAAAAGUCGACCACGCUGCAUUUUUCUGGAGAAUGUAGUCGGGUUUGAGACUAGUCUUGCACAGAAGCACUUAGUAUCGACUCUCACUGAGCUGAAUUACGGUUACAAGGAAUUUAUUUUGACUCCGCAUCAACUUGGAGUGCCCAACUCAAGGCCUCGAUAUUAUCUUCUUGCAUGUAGCAAUUGGAAUUCAGAAAAUGCUGCUAAGGAAAUUUUAACAUCUUUCGAAAGCUGCUCCGCACAGGAACCGAAAGAAAUUCGCUAUUUUCUGGAGGAAUCUCCCUGCGAUAAGCACCUCUACUUAAAGAAGGAUACCCUCCAAAAAUAUGGACAAGCUAUAGAUGUAGUCACUCUUAACUCAACGAGAUCUGCUUGUUUUACUAAGUCCUAUGGCAGCUACAUUUCUGGUUGUGGAUCUUAUUUUUGCUCUAAAUCCGAUCUUGUGGAUGGUCAGCAUCUCGAUCCGCAGGCUCUCGUUGAUGGAGAAUUUCCCCAAGAUGUUGUACGUCUAUUUUCUCCUAGAGAAGUUGCCAACUUGAUGUGCUUUCCAAGGGAGUUCAAGCAGCCUCCUGAUGCCUCAGAUAAGCAGAUGUAUCGAUGUUUGGGAAAUUCUGUUAAUGUUCGCGUGGUAGCAGCUCUUCUGGGCGAACUACUGCAAAUAUGA